CCUAGAGAGAGCCGUAUGAGACGUGUCAAAGAUGGCCGCGCCCGCUGUGGAAUCCGCCGACGAGCUUUUCGAGAUUCGAACUGCCUUUUACAUCGGGAGCUUUCAAUCCUGCAUCAAUGAGGCUCAGAAAAUGAAAGUGGGCAGCCCAGAAAUGAAGCUGGAAAAAGACAUCUUAAUGUAUCGUGCAUACAUUGCCCAGAAAAAAUAUGCAGUCGUUCUGGAUGAAAUCCGUCCUGAUUCCCCUGAGGAGCUUCAGGCUAUCAAGACAUAUGCACUAUAUCUCAGCUCUCCAGCAAAGAGAAUAAGCAUUGUGGCUGACCUUGAUGCAAAGAUUGCCAAAGGUGUGAAUCCAGAUCAGACCACAUUCCUUCUCAUGGCUGCCUCCAUCUACUUCCAGGAAGAGAACUAUGAGGAAACACUGAAGCUUCUUCAUGAGUCUGAUCAUUUGGAAUGCCUGGCCCUGUCUGUGCAAACCUUGUUGAAGAUGAACCGUCCAGAUGUGGCCAUGAAGGAGCUGAAGAAGAUGCAGGAGAAAGAUGAUGAUUCCCCAUUGACCCACCUGACCCAGGCAUGGUUGCAUCUUGUCCAAGGAGGAGAGAAGCUUCAGGAGGCAUAUUACAUCAUUCAGGAGCUGAUGGACAAGCAUGGCUCUACACCAACACUUCUCAACUGUCAGGCAACCAGUUUCCUCUGUCAAGGGAAGUUGGAAGAAGCUGAGGCCGCUCUCUCUGAGGCCCUCGAGAAGGAUCCCAAUGAUCCUGACACUCUCAUCAACAUGAUCGUCCUUUCACAGAGCAUGGGCAAGCCUCCUGAGGUGAGUAGCCGGUAUUUGAGCCAGCUGAAGGACUCGCACUCAUCACACCCUCGGGUCAAGACCAUCCUUGCCAAAGAGAGGGAAUUUGAGGACAUCCUCAAGUUUUACAAACCAGUUGUUGUCUCUUGAUAUAUUCAUUUCAGGCUUGCACAUGGGAACAAGGGAAAUCAUUUCCAGAAAAAAUAUAUAUACAGUAUUUAAU